CUGUGGUAUUGGGGGUUAGGGCUUUAACAUAUGAAUUUGGGGAGGACACAGUUCAGUCUAUAACAUUCUGCUCUCUCUGGCCUCCCAGAAUUCAUGUCCUUGCAUGCAAAAUACCUUCACCCCCAUCCCAGCAGCCCAAAACUCUCUUUUGUUUUUUUGGAGACAGGGUCUUGCUCUGUGGCCCAGGCUGGAGUGCAACGGCACGAUCUCAGGUCACUGCAACCACAGGGUUUCACUAUGUUGGCCUGGCUGGUCUUGAACUCCUGGCCUCAGAUGAUCCACCCACCUCAGCCUCCCAAAGUGUUGGGAUUAUAGGCAUAAUUCACUGUGCCAUAAGCCACUCUGAAAACUCUUAAUCAAGUCUAGCAUUAACUUUCAGUCCCAAGUCUUACCUAAAUAUCAUCCAAAUCAAGUGUAAAUGAGACUGGAGGUAUGAUUCAUCCUGAUGCAAAAAUUCUUCUCUAGCUGUGAACCCGUGAAACCAGAUAAAUCAUCUGCUUCCAAAAUUCAGUGGUAGGACAAGCAUAAGCUAGAUAGAUAUUUCCAUUCCAAAAAGGAGAAAUCAGAAAGAAGAAAGGGAUCACAGUCCAGGCGUGGUGACUCAUGCAUGUAAUCCCAGCAUUUUGGGAGGCUGAGAUGGGAGGGUCACUUGAGCCCAGGUAUUUGAGACCACCCUGGGCUACAUGGUGAAACCCCGUCUCUACAAAAAACUAAAAAAUUAGCUAGGUAUGGUGGUACAUGCCUAUAGUCCCAGCUCCUCAGGAGGCUGAGGUGGGAGGAUUGAUUAAGCCCAGGAGGUCGAGGCUGCAGUGAGCCCUCUUCUCACCAGUGCACCCCAGACUGGGCGACAGAGCAAGACCCUGUCUCAGGAGAAAAAACAGGGAUCACAGGUUCCGAAUAAGUUUGAAACCGAAUAGGGCAAAUUCUAUUAGAUUUUUAAGGCUUGAGAAUAAUCCUGUUUGGCUCUAUGUUCUGUCCUCUGGGCCCACCAGACUGGGGGCCCCACUUUCCUGGUUCACUGGAGAGGCGGUGUCUCUCCCUGAGCCCUGGGUGGCAGCCUGGCCCACUGAAACAGAGGAGGCCUGUUUGCCCUCUGGAACUGAGGAGGAGACAGCCCCACCUUUGGGAUCAUUCUCCCUUUUUCUUGAAGUAUAAUGCAUGUUCACAGCCAGAAAGCUCUGUUGUCGUGUCCUGUUGAGUCCCAGAAGUCCUACAUACAGUCUUCUUUCAUUUUGUCCCAUCUCUGUCCUCUUUAGUCCCAGCUGGCCGUGUUUCUGCUGGUAUUACCCAUCUGUAUUCCUGGCUUCUGCCAAGAUGGCUGAUUAGAGAGGCCCCACCAGCAGAAGGCCCUCACCAGAUGUGACUCCUUGACCAUGGACUUCCCAGCCUCCAGAACUAAAUGUGAGAGCUUCUUGCCGCCAGAGUUCCGCUCUUUUGCUGUAGAUCCCCAGAUCACCUCGCUCGACGUGUUGCAGCACAUCCUCAUCCGAGCCUUUGAUUUGAGUGGGAAGAAGAACUUUGGCAUCAGCUACCUGGGCCGGGACCGGCUAGGACAGGAAGUUUACCUCUCACUUCUAUCUGACUGGGACCUCAGCACAGCCUUUGCCACUGCCUCCAAACCUUACCUGCAAUUGCGUGUAGAUAUUCGGCCCUCGGAGGACAGCCCAUUGCUAGAAGACUGGGACAUAAUCAGCCCCAAAGAUGUCAUUGGCUCCGACGUGUUGCUGGCUGAGAAACGGUCAUCACUGACGACUGCCGCCCUGCCCUUUACACAGUCCAUCCUCACUCAGGUGGGCCGUACCUUGUCUAAGGUCCAACAAGUGCUGAGCUGGUCGUAUGGGGAAGAUGUCAAGCCCUUCAAGCCACCCCUGAGCGAUGCUGAGUUUCACACGUACCUGAACCACGAGGGCCAGCUCUCCCGACCUGAGGAGUUGCGCCUGCGGAUCUAUCAUGGCGGUGUGGAGCCCUCGCUGCGAAAGGUGGUGUGGCGGUACCUGCUGAACGUGUAUCCAGAUGGACUGACAGGCCGAGAGCGGAUGGACUACAUGAAACGCAAGAGCCGCGAGUAUGAGCAGCUCAAGAGCGAGUGGGCCCAGCGAGCGAGCCCUGAGGACCUGGAAUUCAUCCGCAGCACGGUCCUCAAGGAUGUACUGCGCACUGACCGGGCCCACCCCUACUAUGCGGGGCCUGAGGAUGGCCCACAUCUACGAGCGCUGCACGACCUGCUCACCACCUAUGCCGUUACCCACCCACAGGUGUCCUACUGCCAGGGCAUGAGUGACCUUGCCUCACCCAUCCUCGCUGUCAUGGACCAUGAGGGCCAUGCCUUUGUUUGCUUUUGUGGCAUCAUGAAACGCCUGGCCGCCAACUUCCACCCUGACGGCCGCGCCAUGGCCACCAAGUUUGCACACUUGAAGCUGUUGCUGCGACACGCUGACCCUGACUUUUACCAAUACCUGCAAGAGGCAGGCGCUGAUGACCUCUUCUUCUGUUACCGCUGGCUGCUGCUGGAGCUCAAGCGUGAGUUCGCCUUCGACGAUGCCCUCCGCAUGCUUGAGGUCACUUGGAGUUCGCUGCCCCCUGAUCCUCCUGAACAUGAGGUAGAGCUGGUUGGACCCCCCAGCCAAGUGGCAGACACUGGUUUUGGUGGCCACAGGGGGUGGCCUGUGCGACAGAGGCACAUGCUGAGGCCUGCUGGAGGAGGUAGUACCUUUGAAGAUGCUGUUGACCACCUGGCCACAGCCAGUCAGGGGCCUGGUGGUGGGGGGCGUCUCCUGAGACAGGCCAGCUUGGAUGGCCUCCAGCAACUCAGGGAUAACAUGGGCUCCAGGAGGGACCCUCUGGUCCAGCUGCCCCACCCAGCUGCCCUUAUCAGCUCCAAGUCCCUCUCUGAGCCUUUAUUGAACUCCCCAGACCCACUGCUCUCCUCCUUUUCCCACCCUGAUUCCCCAUCUUCCUCAUCUCCACCAUCCACCCAGGAGGCCUCUCCCACUGGUGAUAUGGCUGUAGGAUCCCCCUUGACGCAAGAGGUAGGCUCCCCGAAAGACCCUGGAAAGUCCCUGCCACCUGUACCACCAAUGGGCCUGCCCCCGCCCCAGGAGUUUGGCCGGGGGAACCCAUUCAUGCUGUUCCUCUGCCUGGCCAUCCUGCUGGAGCACCGCGACCACAUCAUGCGCAAUGGGCUGGAUUAUAAUGAGCUGGCCAUGCACUUUGACCGCCUUGUGCGAAAACACCACCUGGGGCGCGUCCUGCGCCGGGCCAGGGCUCUCUUUGCUGAUUACCUGCAGUCAGAGGUGUGGGACUCAGAGGAGGGGGCUGAGGCCACAGCCGCAUCUUGAUCAGGCUUUCUCAAGCCCUCCAUCGGCCCCACCAGAUCUCCAUUCUUUGCCAUGAGGGCCAACACAUGAGACCCCACCUCCCUCCCUGCCUGCCAGCCCUAGACUUGUUGGAGCAUAGAGCCCUUCCUCCCCAGGCCUAAGUAUGUGGAGCUCUGCUUUGGCACUGCCCCGCAGAGGCCACGCCUAUUUAUUCUGUUUCUGUUGUUUUGUUUUUAACAACUAUACUUUGCACACAUGAAGGUCA